AUGUCGCAGGCUGGCUCAGAAUCAGAGUCAGAGCUCAGUUCCCCGAAUGGUCCCACUGGGCCGGGUGAUUUCGAUAGCACCAUCUUUGGCAAUCUCCAUGUGAUUGAACACUAUCUCAGACCCGAUCUGCACACCCUUGGAUCUACACCGCACAGCGCUUACGCGCAGAGAUUGUCGCAUGUAGCCAUGGCGGUGAACAGUCGCGGAAUCUUAUAUAGCGUGCUGGCGGCGUCGGCAGCUUUAGGCUGCAUAGAGAUCCUCCAUGGGACCGAAUCACCGGUUGCCUUCGAUCGCGUAACCCGUCUACUCCAGACAAGUCGGCAAUUUUACGGGAAAGCUCUGGGACGUCUCCAGUGCCAUGUGGCGACACAGAAGCCCAAAGGUCUGGAAGUCGCGCGAAUCUCAACGGCCAUCCUCUUUUCCUGCGCGCUGGCCUGGAGGAGAGUCUAUCGCCUCAUGGAUCGUGUGGAAAAGCACUACAUGAGUCGAGGUGGAAUUGACGAAGACGUCCCGACUAAUCUGGAAUGGGCGGUCAUGCUCCGAGGUAUGAACAUCAUCAGGACCGCGUACCAGGAUGAAGACUUGUGUCUGCCAGUCACCACUCAUGGAUCGAGCAGUGGUGACGUUGACAUUCUAGAAUCAGCCAUCACGUCAUACCUCAUACACCUCGUCAAGAGCGGCAAAGAGAAUCCAUGGGUGCUCUCCACAGAUCCGCCACUUCCGUCCUCGACGUCUCGAUAUCUUCUGAUGUCUCUGAUCUUGAACACGAGAACAGCCGCAUUUGGCGCCCUGCAGACUCGGAUCGAUGCGUUACACCAAAGAGUUCGGCAGUGUCUACGCAACGAGCCGGCUCACGUGGCUGACGGAAGUGCGUCCUCGCAGAUAUCGAAUGCGGUAUCACUUGCCGCAUGCUCCCUGGCGCUGGACAUCCUCACCGCCGUCAGCAAAGAACUGUUUGAACAGCCGACGCUCGAGCCUUCGCAGAUGCUCAUUCCACAAAACUUUGAGCCAGGCACACAGCCAAUAGGGUUAACGAAAUCGAUCAGGAAGGCCGUGGAUCUUCAGCCCGAAUGGCUCUUCAAUCCAGUCGUCUUCCAUUUCAUCGAACGUGUUCCGAACGACUAUUUCCGUAUCUUGAUGUCACCAUUGAGACCUAGAGACCCGGGGGCCACGAUCACCGUCAAACACGACAUUCAACUCUUGGCGUGGGAAGUCUACGCCCAUUGGUUGGUCCUUCUCCUGCCGGCGGAGGAGGAAAACCUAUGGCUUGGCGAUCUGGGCUUUUCCGACAUCACGAAGUUGCACGCCAUUUUGCACGAAAGAUCCAUGGAUAACACCGAUGAAAAGCAGUACUGGUGGCCUAAAUCGAUGUGCUCAGUGGUUGCGCAGCUUCACCGAGGCACCGAGCUCAAGAAUUGCUCUCCUUCCAAGGCCAGCAUUUGA